CGCCCCCUUAUCGCUCUCCCUCCAAAACUUUGGAAACUCUCACAUACUCGUGUAGGGUUAGGGUUAUGCUUGCUCUCUCUGCUCCUAGGGUUUCCAAAUACGUUCAAAAUCGUGAGAAAAAAGUGAGAUUCUUCAGGAAUGGCGAGGUACAGAAGCGGGAGCAGAAGCCACAGCCCUCGCCGGAGGAGCCGAACCCCCCCGCGCGGCCGCAAGCGGUACGACGACGAGCCUCGCGAUCGAUACCGCGAAGGCAGGUCGUACAAAGACCGUCGCUCCCCUGCUCCUUCUGGCUUGCUCGUCCGCAAUCUUCCCCUUGACGCUAGGCCAGAAGAUCUAAGGAACCCAUUCGAGCGAUUUGGCCCUGUGAAGGAUGUGUAUCUACCGAAGAACUACUAUACUGGGGAGCCACGAGGUUUUGGAUUUGUCAAGUACCGUUAUGGUGAAGAUGCUGCUGAAGCAAAACAGCAACUGAACCAUACAAUUAUUGGUGGACGUGAGAUUAGAAUUGUGUUUGCUGAGGAGAACAGAAAAACGCCUCAAGAAAUGCGUACGACUUCCCGCGGAAGUAGCCGGCAUGGAGGAAGCAAUAGAAGGAGAACUCCACCAAGGUCCCCUCGGCGCCGAUACCGCUCUUACUCAAGGUCACCUACACCAGCUAGGCAUGACUCAAGAUAUUAAAGUGAAAAGGGAGACUUUUAAGGACUUCUGGAUUAAAAAAGAUUAACAAGAAAAGAGAGCAUAAAGUGAUGGACAACUUGCUUACAUUUCUGUCAAAGUCUCUCCAUAAGUUUAUCUAUAACCUCACCUUCUCAAGCUAUUUCCUACAACUUGCAUGGGCUUUCCUUUCCUCAGACUUUUGGUGUGAGGCUUGCUACUGUUGAAUGAACUUGACUAGCUAAAGUUGGUGCACGAGAUGAUUCAAAUCAUAAGAGUACUUUAUAUUUUACUUUUUUAAACUGUUCAAGUAAUUUUAUCAUAAGAAAUUUGUUAAGUUUGAUAUCUUGUUUUGCAUAUACCAUCCAGUUAAUAAAGAAAUAUAGAGCAUAUAUUUGGCCAAAGAAAGAAAUCAUCUUCAAAGAAGGGAAGCAAUUCAAAGUUUUUACUGGUAGAGAUUUGAUGACAUUGUCCAAGAAAAAGAUAGUUUGAGGUUUUAGAAAGUUGGGGCCAAGAGAGCUAUGAAGUUAUCAGAUGCUGAUCAUCCAGUACAUCAUUAUAGAGCUUAACCCUCACUGUUUGGAUCCAAGUUUCAUAUUUUUGUUCAGAAACCC